UGCUGCCCUGUAGACGAUACACAUUCAUGCCCUCUUAUUCUUCAUUUAAAAGCUUUCCAGAACUGCAGAAUGGCUUUUUAAAAUUACAACAUCUGAACAGAUGCAAUUCAAGAUAUCGACAUUGUAUAGUUGGCAUGUAUAUUAUGGCAUAUAGACAGUGCAAAGACUGUGAUUGCGAAAAUUACUGUUGCUUCUUCUAAUCUGAAAAAAAAUCAUUAGUCAAGGUGACUGGAGCCUCAAUGUAAGAAAAAGUUUUAAAUUUGUCGACCCCAUCAUCGUUAUUUUUUGUUCCAUAAACUUAUAAUGGUAUAUCCUGUACUUUAUAGUGAAAAAUAGAUUGAGUCAACAAACAAACAAAAGAAAGAUUGUGCAAAUCCUUAAAACCAUCCCAAAGGAAAUGGAUCAGACGGAUUUGCGUUCCCGUUCGGCAGAGAUACGUUCCAGGAUGUAUACUCAUAUCAGGGAUACUGAAACCAUUAAAAGAAAAGUAGGGCAAAAACGCGGUCGUAGAGAAUUGCGAGAAUCAACGAUACCAUCCUUAAAACGGAGCUUAACAGGAACAAAAAGAAGAGCAGAUGGAAUGACAAGGGAAGCAGAAAGAACGGUAGAUCGAAUAGGUCGACUGGAAACCCAAAUGACUGAUAUGCAAAACGAGUUUCGGGAAACGAAAGCAGCUCUUCAUACUGGGCAGACAGCCUACAACUUCGAAAUGGACCUUGCCGCAUACAUCUAUCCACCAGGAACGGUAAUCAGACAUGGUCGAAUAUUUACAAGACUCAUGGAUUGGUUGAGAGACAACAGAAACACCCCUGAAGGACGUGAAGGAAUCAGGAGGUGGGAAGAAUUGAAAAUACGGUUUGGCUGGUCAGAUAAUACACAUAAAUCCGUAUUUUUUAAAAUGCUCCGGUGCAGGCAAGCCUACGCGCAUCCCAUUGUCAAUUAUGCAUUGCAGACUUCUGGAAACUUUACCAGGACAGAAGCGAGACACGUUGAAGAUAUCCGUCAGAUGACUAUUUGGCUAAAUGAACAACACAACCCGUAAUUUAAUAACUUCACAACAACACCCUGCUAAGUGAUGUUGUCAAUGGAUUAUCUCAUAAUUAUUAGAAGUUUUGAAAUAAUAUUUAGGCCCUGUCCACACGCAUCCGGAUUCGUUCGUAUCCGCAAACAUUUUGUUGCGGAUUCAAAAGUUUACGCGUCCACACGUAUGCGGAUUCGUUGCGUUUUCGAGCGUCCACACGUAUUCGCAAAAACGAUGCUAGAUUUGCUUACAGAGCAUGCGCUAUCACAUGUUAUGAGGUGUCAGGCGAGAAAUGUGGCCGUGAGAUCCAGGUCGAACUCAAAACCUUGGAGGUAGUGCUUGGCGCUUUUUGUUGAGACGUUUCACGGCCACAUUUCUGGCAACUGGCAUUGACUUAAAAUUUACCGGUUAAUAUUGAAACAACAGAUUCCAUCCGUAGCGCCAUUAUGCUGUGAUAAAUCACCUAGACGACGUACACGCGAGCUAUGUUCAGAAUAGACUGGACUUCGCACUUUAGAGUGAGUGGAUAUCAAUUUUCAUCGAUUUACGUCAUCGUUUUCAAAUCGUUGCGGUUACAGCACGUCCACACGUAUCCCGAUUCGUUGCGUUUUCAACACUUUCCACUCUGGAGACCGUUUUCAAAAGUUUGCGGUUACGGUAUGCAUUUUCGUCGGAUACGUGUGGACGCUAAGCGUAACCGCAACAAAAUGUUUGCGGAUACAAACGAAUCCAGAUACAUGUGGACGGGGCCUUGAUAAUUAAUAAUUAGGCAUUUCUCAAUUGACAACCGCAAAGCAUCUAAGGAUUGUUUGGAGGGGCAACACAAAGUGGGAAGAAAUUUUAAGAGUUAAAAGAGAAGCAAGAAAGUAUAAAAGAUGCCUCAUUAUCUCUAACAAAAUACCUCAAAAGUUGUUGAUGCUUUGCGGUCUCGAUUAGGAACUGGCUAAUUAUUUUAAUGGUUUGAAAAGGGACAAUUGGCAAAAUUACUGUCACGGGACGCGGGUUGUUCUCACUUGGAAAAUGUAAUAGUAAUUACGCAAUGGGUGAGUGACUAUUGAUUUUAAACUUUCAAUAUAUAAUAUGACAUUAGUUAGUAUUUUUUAUUAAUUUUUUGUGUAAAUAAUUG